AUGGGCAAGGCACAGUCGAAACUCUCCCCCGAGCAGUUGUCCGAUCUGCAGAAGAACACUUACUGUAUGUACAAGGGAUUCAUGAAUGACUGCCCUUCUGGCGUGCUGGACAAGGCGGAAUUCGCGCGGAUAUACAAGCAGUUCUUCCCCUUUGGCGAUCCCACUGUUCUGGCAGAAUACGUGUUCAACGUCUUUGACGAGAACAAGAACGGGUCGAUCGACUUCAAGGAGUUUAUUUGUGCGCUGAGCAUCACGAGCCGUGGUCGCCUGGACGAGAAGCUGCGUUGGGCGUUCCAGCUCUACGACAUCGAUGGUGACGGGACGAUCACCUACAAUGAAAUGCUCACCAUUGUGCGUGCCAUCUACAAGAUGACCGGACAAAUGGUCAAGCUGCCGGAAGACGAGGACACUCCGGAGAAGCGCGUUGAGAAGAUCUUCCGUAUGAUGGAUCGCGACAAAAACUCGGAGCUGUCGUUCGAGGAGUUCAAGGAGGGCUCCAAGCAAGACCCAUCGAUCGUCCAGGCACUUUCCUUGUACGAUGGGCUUGUGUAA